UCAAUGGUUGCUUUUAGUUUUGUUAAAAUUUUGAAACUUCCAUUGCUUUUGUAUCUUCUCAUUCUUUAAGAGUAAACGAUGUGAAAAAAAAAAAAUUCUUCUUCUAUUCUUCAGGCAUAUGUCUGUUGAUGUGUGAGAAUGUUUUUGAUAUUUUGAGAUCUGUUUUUUUAUUCAGCUCAUUGCCUCAUCAAACAUUGUUGAUAUUGAUGUUGAUGGUGUAUGCUUUUAUGGUUGUUUGUUAUGGUAAUCUCACUGAAGCUAUAAAGUCACAUAUGCUACUUCUAUGAUUAAUACUUUUCUUUUCUUCAGAAAAGAGGUAUCUUCUUCUGGAAUUUACAUAGAAAAUGUUAAAUUAGCUCAUUGUCAGUGGCAAUUCUUCCAUGGAAUAAAAGAAGUAGGAAGUUGUGUCUUAUCCAAUUUUAAGUCUGAAUCCCACUGUAUCUUUACUUAGCACUGCUUUGGUUUAGGUCAUUGCUUAUAUAUUUUUGGAUGCUGUAAACAGCUGAGCAAGGUCUUAAGGUUUGAUUUCUUCCAAGUGAGUAAUAAUCUGGAAAGGUGAUAGACUUUGUAGUUUGGGUCAACUUACUGUCUUUUUUUUUUUUGUUUGAAAUAUACUUUGAAUCUCACUCAUUUCUUAUCAAAUGCUACCAUAGAGGUUUUGUUUCUGAUAUAAUUGUAUACCCUUGAGGGUCACAGUUAAAUUAAACGUUGAGGUUGGAGCGAGCAGGCUGUUACAAUUGAUUUACGAAAUGGAAUUUUGCCUCAUUUUGUUCUUAUUUGUGGCUUCCAUCCCUGCAACUUUGGCUGAAGAUAUUAGUCAUGGGACAAUCGUAGUUGAUGGGACUACUGUGGUUGCUCAAACUGAUGAUAACUUCAUCUGUGCUACAAUUGAUUGGUGGCCUCAUGAUAAGUGUGAUUACAAGCAGUGUCCAUGGCACUAUACAUCUGUAAUAAAUCUGGACUUGUCUCAUACUUUCCUUGCGAAAGCUGUCCAAGCUUUCAACCGUUUGAGGAUAAGAGUUGGAGGCUCUUUGCAAGAUCAAGUGUUGUAUAAUGUUGGAAAUUUGAAGUCUCCUUGCCAUCCAUUUACUAAGAUGAAAGGUGGGUUGUUUGGAUUUUCAAAGGGAUGUUUACACAUGGAAAGGUGGGAUGAUCUGAAUCAUUUCUUCAAAUCAACAGGUGUGAUGUUGACAUUCGGCUUGAAUGCACUCCAUGGGAGAUAUAAAGUAAAGAGGAGCCUUUGGGGAGGGGAUUGGGACUCUAGCAAUGCAGAAGAUUUUAUGAAGUACACCAUUUCAAAGGGAUACCAGAUAGAUUCAUGGGAAUUUGGUAACGAAUUGAGUGGAAAUGGUGUUGGUGCACAUGUUCUUGCUGACCAGUACGGGAAAGACUUGAUCCACCUAAAGAAAAUUUUAAAUGAGCUAUAUAAAGGCUCCCAAUUUAAACCAUCACUUGUAGCACCUGGAGGAUUUUUUGACCAACAGUGGUUUGCCAAGCUUCUUCAGAUCUCAGGCUCGAGCAUACUCAAUGCCAUGAGUCAUCACAUAUACAAUUUGGGUGCAGGUGUUGAUCCCAAACUUGUAAGUAGGAUAUUGGAUCCCACCCAUUUAAGCAAGGCAGCAUAUACAUUCAGCAAUCUUACACAAGUAAUCCAGAGGUAUGGUCCUUGGGCUUCUGCAUGGGUUGGAGAAUCUGGUGGAGCCUAUAACAGUGGAGGUUUUAACGUUUCUGAUACAUUUGUAAACAGCUUCUGUGCACUUCUAUGGCAUCGGUUAAUGGGAAAAGUGGUUCUAGCUGUUGAUAGCGAUGCUUCACCCUUUCUGCGGUCUUAUGCCCAUUGUUCAAAAGGAAGAGCUGGUGUGACUUUACUCGUGAUCAACUUGAGCAAUCAGACAAAUUUCAUAAUGAAUGUUCAAAAUAGCAUCAACCUCAAGUUGGCUGUGGAAGAACAAUACAUCAGCAGUGACAGUUUCUCACAUAGUCUUAAGAAAACAUUUUCCUGGGUUGGAGUUAAAGCUUCAGAUGAACCUUUAUUCAGAGAGGAAUAUCAUUUAACUCCAAAAGAUGGGUACCUUCAAAGCCGAACUAUGGUUCUUAACGGCAUUCCCUUGGAACUUACCGGUGCUGGAAACAUCCCAAGGCUAGACCCUGUCCAUGUUAACGUGAAAUCUCCAAUAUCCAUCUCUCCUUUGUCGAUUGCAUUCAUAGUAUUCCCCAACUUUGAAGCUAAAGCCUGUGGAUAAUUUUCUAUUUUCCAUACAGCAGUAAUGCAAUAAUGAGGUGUUGAAUAUGAUAAUUGUAUGAUAGCAGAAUUAUUAGUUUAUGGCGAAUAUAGUUUCAAGCAAUUGUAAUUAUCACUAGCUCCUCCAGUAAUUUCUGAUGUCAAGUUAUUUAUUUAAAGUUUGGCAACAUAGAAAAGAUUACUGUAAGAAAGUUAUUUUCAUGCUUCAUCCCAGAUAUUUUGAGUACUUACUGCAGCUUUGUUUAGUCAGCAGAACAGAAAUAGGGGCUCUCUUUUCCCCCUUUUUCCCUACUGACAUCCACAUUCAAUAGAUCAAAGCCAGUCUUAUGGCAUUAUUUGUUCAAGAAGGAAAAUAUCUUAUGGCAUUAUCAGUAGUUUUUCUUUUUAGUACUCAGAAACUCAGACCUAUGUUUUUUUUUUUUUUUUUUUGAAGUUU